AUGUUUGCAUUAAAUGAAACACCAUCAAUGACGAUCCGCACAUUUGUUGUGCCAUCCUCGACAGUGGCUUCCGGCCUAAGCUCGUCAAAACUGAUGCUUCCGUUGCUCCAAUGGUUAAUUGCUAACACCAGUAUAUGUAUGGUUGCGAAAGAAAACACAAGGGAACAUUGUGUAACGAUAUAA